AUGUCGUUCUCGUACUGCAAGGAGUACGGCAAGGACAAGGUGAUCUUCGUGACCAAGGAGGAUCAUGCCACCGCCAGCACCAUCGAGCUGCCGCCACCGGAGCAGCCAGAGGGUGUGAUCACCAAGGACGGCAAGAUCAACUGGAGCUGCCCCUGCCUCGGCGGAAUGGCCACCGGUCCCUGUGGCGUCGACUUCCGCGAGGCCUUCUCCUGCUUCCAGAACAGCACCGCCGAUCCCAAGGGCUCCGACUGCUACGACGCCUUCACCAAGAUGCGCGACUGCUUCCAGAAGUACCCCACCGUGUACAACAAGUCAGGCGGCGAUGACGACGACGACGACGCCCUGGGCGAUGCCCUGGACACGGAUGCCGGGUCGGUUGGUGGCCAGAACGCAGAUCCGCUGGCGGAUGUGGGCAAUCCAGGCGGCGGCGAUGAGGCGGAGACCCCCAAGAGCAACUCGGUGGUGGCCAAGGCCUAGGCUGCAGCAUAUGUGUCGUAUUGAAAAUACUUAAAAGAUAAGAGCUAGGUGUGACUUCGUACAAAAUAAAUAAAGCUUGUCAUAGUUCUGGGCCAUUCGGGCUCCCAUCAUUA